GCGGCAAUUCUAUCCAGCUCUCAUGGCGGCCCCAUCCUCCGUGCGCGAGCUUAACCGCCUGUACGUGCAGUCCAGCACGCUCCAGUGCGCGCUCGACCUCUGCCGCCCGUGCUGCUACAAGGUCAUCGUGCAUGGCGGCAAGGACAUUGUGCCCAACCAGCGCCCAGAGCUCUGCCCGCGCUUCCAAAGCCCGGCGGCCAAGAAGGCCUCGGACGACGAGGGCGACGACGAGCCGACGCCGCCGGCACCGCUCACCAACGCACUGAUUGCCACCGAUGACAAGACCGUGCUCACGGUCGGCGACGGCAACUUUUCGUUCUCGCUUGCCAUGACCAAGUACUUGGCGUCGGGCGCGCAGCUCACGGCCACGUCGCACGAAUCCAAGGACACGGUGCUCGAGACGUACCCCGACAGUGCUGAAAUCUUGCGGUCGCUCGAUGAAGCGGGCGCCCGCGUCUUGCACGAAGUCGACGCGACAAACGCCGCCGCGCUCGAGGCCCUCGGUACUUUUGACCGCAUCAUGUGGAACUUCCCGUGCGUUCGCAUGGAGAACGGCGCCGAUGGCCAAAACAACGAGAUGGAAGAGAACAAGGCGCUCCUCAAGGGCUUCUUCUCGGUCGUCCUCGGCUCGCUCGCGCCGGGCGGCGAGGUGCACGUGACGCACAAGACCAAGCCGCCGUUCGGGCAGUGGGGCAUCCUCGAGAUCGCGGCUGCUUGCGGUCUCUCGCACCUCGGGUCGGUCGUCUUUGACCGGUGCCUCUACCCGGGCUACUCGAACAAGAAGGUGCUCUCGAAGGGCUCGUUCCCGAUCUGGGACUCGGAGACGUUUGUGUUUGUGCGCCCGUCAGACCUGAAGACGUGCACCUUCUCGCUCCCGACGACCAUGCCGGAAUCCGCCGCCGUCGACCAAGGCUGCGAGCGCUUUGUCUCGUGGACGCCCGAGCAGUGGGAGAAGGAAGGGACGCUGAUCCCGAUGACGCCUGGCAUCGUGCGCGACAUUCGCAUCUUGCUGAGCCCGGUCAACAAGAAGCAGCUCGAAGAGAAGGAGAAGGAGCGCAAGAAGCGCAAGCUCGAGGCGCUCACGACCUCGCUUCCCGAAGACGUUCUCGCCGCCAAGAAGCUCAAGCGGAAACCGCACCAGAAGAAGGCGCCGAUCAAGACGAGCGAGAAGAACAAGAAAGCCAUGCCGGCCUCCAAGCGCAACAAGAAGGCCAAGCGUCACGCCUAACAAGAAUACCCUAAUGCUAGAUCCACCUAUAAGACACAAGCGUAUAUUACACUCGACGUCUCAGUGCAUCGCGCUCUGCCGACGCGCGACCUUC